GGCGGCGAUGGAGCGCGGCGGUAGCGCGGAGCCACCGGGGAGCAGAGCGGCCCCUCGGGCAGCUGCCCGCGGCCCCUGAGCGCCGGCGGGAGGAGGAGGAGGAGGAAGAGGAAGGCCAGGCGAGCGAGCAGAGCGCGGCCAUGGAGGAGUGGCGGCAGUGCGGCCGCUGGCUCAUCGACUGCAAAGUUUUGCCCCCGAACCACCGGGUGGUCUGGCCAUCGGCGGUGGUCUUCGACCUGGCGCAGGCGCUGCGGGACGGGGUGCUGCUGUGCCAGCUGCUCCACAACCUCUCCCCCGGCUCCAUCGACCUCAAGGACAUCAACUUCAGGCCGCAGAUGUCCCAGUUUCUGUGUUUGAAGAACAUCCGGACUUUCCUCAAAGUGUGCCACGACAAAUUCGGGUUAAGGAACAGCGACCUCUUCGAUCCCUUUGACCUGUUUGAUGUGCGGGAUUUCGGGAAGGUGAUCUCGGCAGUAUCCAGGCUCUCCUUCCACAGCAUUGCUCAAACCAAAGGAAUUAGGCCCUUCCCUUCGGAGGAGACCACGGAAAAUGAYGACGACGUGUACCGGAGCUUGGAGGAGCUGGCCGACGARCACGACCUGGGGGAGGACAUCUACGACUGCGUGCCCUGCGAGGAUGAGGGUGAUGAUAUCUACGAGGAUAUCAUCAGAGUGGAGGUUCAGCAGCCCAUGAAAAUGGGAAUGACAGAAGAUGACAAAAGGAAUUGCUGUUUGCUAGAAAUCCAAGAGACCGAGGCCAAAUACUACAAAACACUUGAAGAUAUAGAAAAGAACUACAUGAACCCCCUGAGGCUGGUACUGACUCCCCAAGACAUGGAAGCUAUUUUUAUCAACCUGGAGGACCUGAUUAAAGUGCACUUCAGUUUCCUGAGAGCCAUCGAUGUCUCGAUGAUGUCUGGAGGAAGCAGCCUGGCGAAAGUGUUCCUGGAAUUCAAGGAGAGGCUGCUGAUUUAUGGCAAGUACUGCAGCCACAUGGAAUAUGCCCAGAACACCCUGAACCACCUCCUUGCCAACCGUGAGGAUGUCCGGCAGAAGGUGGAGGAAUGCACGCUGAAGGUCCAGGAUGGGAAAUUCAAACUGCAAGAUCUGCUGGUGGUUCCAAUGCAAAGAGUUUUGAAGUAUCAUCUCCUGUUAAAAGAGCUGCUGAGCCAUUCCACGGACCGGCCAGAGAAGCAGCAGCUGAAGGAGGCUCUGGAGGCGAUGCAGGACUUGGCCAUGUACAUCAAUGAAGUCAAGAGGGACAAAGAGACUUUAAAGAAAAUAAGUGAAUUUCARAGCUCUAUAGAAAACCUGCAAGUGAAGCUGGAGGAGUUUGGGCGGCCGAAGAUCGAYGGGGAGCUCAAGGUGCGCUCCAUAGUCAACCACACCAAACAGGACAGGUAUUUAUUUUUAUUUGAUAAAGUGGUGAUCGUCUGCAAGAGGAAAGGGUACAACUAUGAGCUGAAGGAAAUUAUCGAGCUGCUCUUCCACAAGAUGACUGAUGACCCCAUGAAUAACAAGGACAUUAAGAAGUGGUCGUACGGCUUCUACCUGAUCCACCUGCAGGGGAAACAGGGCUUCCAGUUCUUCUGCAAGACAGAGGAGAUGAAGAGGAAGUGGAUGGAGCAGUUUGAAAUGGCCAUGUCCAACAUAAAGCCAGAGAAAGCCACUGCAAAUCACCACAACUUCCAGAUGUACACAUUUGAAAAGACAACCAACUGCAAAGCCUGCAGGAUGUUCCUGAGAGGAACUUUCUACCAGGGCUACCUUUGCCCCAAAUGUGGAGCAGGUGCUCACAAGGAGUGCUUGGAGAUCAUUCCUCCCUGCAAGAUGGGUUCUUCAGCAGAGCAGGAUUCCCUGGGUGCUGGACCAGGUCCGAAAAUGGUGGCAGUUCAGAAUUACCAUGGGACCCCAGCCCCUCCUGGGAAGCCAGUACUGACCUUUCAAAUUGGGGACGUCAUUGAGCUGCUGAGGGGGGACCCYGACUCACCAUGGUGGGAGGGGAGGCUGCUGCAGACCAAGAAGUCRGGUUAUUUCCCCAGCUCCUCGGUGAAACCCUGUCCCGUGGAUGCCAGGCCCCCCAACAGCCGGCCGCCCUCGCGGGAGAUCGACUACACGGCGUACCCGUGGUUUGCAGGGAACAUGGAGCGACAGCAGACAGACAACCUGCUCAAAUCUCACGUCAGCGGCACCUACCUGAUCCGGGAGCGGCCGGCCGAGGCCGAGCGCUUUGCCAUCAGCAUCAAGUUCAACGAGGAGGUGAAGCACAUCAAGGUGGUGGAGAAGGACAACUGGAUCCACAUCACGGAAGCCAAGAAGUUCGAAAGUUUGCUGGAGCUGGUUGAGUACUACCAGAGCCACUCRCUGAAGGAGAGCUUCAAGCAGUUGGACACGACGCUGAAAUACCCCUACAAAUCACGGGAGCGCUCCACCUCCAGGACCUUCACCCGCUCCCCAGCCUCCUGCGCUUCCUACAACUUUUCUUUUCUCAGUCCUCAGGGCCUCAACUUUUCUUCUCAGAGCUCCUCCAGUCCCUUCUGGUCAGUGUUCACACCCCGGGUCAUAGGGACGGCCGUGGCGCGGUACAAUUUCGCGGCGCGGGACAUGCGGGAGCUGUCGCUGCGCGAGGGGGACGUGGUGAAGAUCUACAGCAGGAUUGGAGGGGACCAGGGAUGGUGGAAAGGGGAAACCAACGGAAGGGUGGGCUGGUUCCCCUCGACCUACGUGGAGGAGGAGGGGGUGCAGUGACUGCGGCCGUGGCCGCUGGAAGUCGUCGAGCGCCCGGAGCCAGCGUGCCGGACACCUCCCAGGACUGCUCCCGCAGCCUCCCCACGCUCCCCCCUCUGCACAGCGCCUGCCAGGGCCUGGCCCCGGCCCGUGUAUAGAAGAUGGAUGGUCUGUGGGAUGGCCGUGGUGGAGCAGCCCCGGGAGAGMCCCCGGAGAGCCCCCGGAGAGCCCCCGGAGAGCCGUGCGCCCCUGCAUGGACAGAGCCCAGAGACUCUGGGGUGCCCGCCGGGGCACCCCUCUUUUGUCAAGGGGUUUUAAAAGCCUUCGUGGGGAUGGUGGUGGGAGGGUGAGGCUGAAGGUUUGUGCCUGGGUGAGGAUUUGGGGGCAUCCAGGGGAGGGAGCCCCRAGGAGACGGCGCAGACCCCCCGCCCCACCACUCACGGGGCUCCCCAGGUCAGGAUUUUGGCAGUGCCCUGGCAGYCAGGGCGAGGGGCAGGGUGGGGACACCUGGCCCGGGAGGAGGAGAGGGCUGUGAAACCAUUUGAACCCUCAGAUGGAGGCUGGAMGUGGACUUUGGGGUCAGGCAGGAGGGGAAAUCGCUGCUUUGGCAUCCCCAAACCCGUUACCUUUACAAUCACCCCAGUCCYGCCCGCCUCGCUGCGGGCACAGACUGGUCCCACUGGUCAGCAGGAAGGAGCUCUGGGUGCAUGAUGCCACCAAGGCCACCGAGGGAUGUGUCCCUGGCUCUGUCCUCCCUGUUCUCCCAUCAGGAUUCCCCCAGGCCGGGCAGUUUUUUUCUUGCAGCCGUGACAAACCCCACCUCAUGAGCUCAGGGCGAACCCACCCUGUAGAGUAAGGGCUACAAAAUCCACUCCUGGUUGCUGUCCCUGAGCUGUGAGAGCCUCUCUUCCUCCCAGCUGUGUGCACUUUUGGGGGCUGGGAGCGUUGCCCCGCUCCCAUGGGCUGUUCCUGCUGCUGCUGUCGAGUAAAGGUCCGUCUGUGGUGACAUUUCCACCGUCUGUGGUGACAUUGCCACCGUCUGUGGUGACAUUCCCACCGUCUGUCCGAGCUGCCCUUCCCCCUGGCCAUCCCAGCCAUCGUCUGCUGGGUGCUGGCUCUGCUCUCCAGCUCCACAAUUCCCUUCCAAAGUGCAAAUAUGAACAAAUACACGUGUGGGAGCGUGAUGGGGAACAGCUUUUCCUGUAUCUGAGCCGCAGGAGCUGCCUCUCUGAACACCUGGCGUUUUGAGCUGCUGUUUCCAAUGCCCUGAUGUUGUUCCUCUGGGAUUUGUGGUGGCCCUGCCAUCGUGUUUAUGGCGUGGGUGAUGCCAGGGCUGGGUGGGUGAGGGGGGCAUGGAGGGUUCUGGCAGCAUUCCUGCUGCUCAGGAUGAGGAAUGGAGGAGUUUGGAGCUCUCAAGGAUAAGGGAGUGAUGCCAGUUUGGGAAUUAUGUGCUCAGUGAGAACCCAGAGCUGCCCUGCUUGGCUCCUGCUGCUCCUGGAGCUCUGGGGGUGUGGGGUGGGUGCAGCAGGGUCUGGCCAGGGACACGGUGUGGGGGGCUCAGGGCUUUCCCAAGGUACUGUUUGGUGCUAACCCCUCUGAGCCAUUCCCUGCUCCUGUGCAGAGCAGAGGGCCCCRUUCCCGUUCUGGGGGCCGAGGGUGAAUUUGGGUGGGUGGGACACACAAACUCCCAAAGGCUCACRUUACACCUCAGAUCCUAAAGCCUUACAGCCCCUCCUGUGUCACCUGGUAAAUUUUGUAAGGUGGCAAGGGCAUCACCUUGGGAGAGCCCAGCCCUGUCCCUUACACCCCACCCCUGCCAAACCCCCUCCUCCCAGAGAGCUCUCCCUCUUGUGUUUACUGGUGUAAGAAACUUGUUMAAAAGAGAUUGUUUUGUUUGUAAGUAAUUAUUCAGCCAUUUGCCACAAAUAUAUCUGUGAAUAAGAAAGGGAAAUUUUUUUUUGGGGUUUUUUUUUUAAUGAUGGCGAAGAAAUUGUA